AUGGGCAAACAAAGCGAGAGUGCUCAGGUGCUGAGACGCCAGUCGGUGAAUAGCAGUAUCUUGACAUACCACCCUGCGAAUGUUUCCAAUGGCGUCGGUGUGCUCGUUUUGCCGGGCGGAGGCUAUUCGUACACAUCGAUGGACAAGGAAGGCUACCAACCAGCCACCUGGCUGAACCAGCGUGGCUAUGAUGCCUGGAUUCUGGACUACGCAACAGCGAACAACACGGAAACACCGCUCUAUCCGCUGCCUCAGGACCAAGCCCUAGAAGCGGUGAAGCAGAUUCGGGCAAAGGAUAUCGUGUCGAAACUGGGAAUUUGGGGGUUCUCAGCAGGAGGGCACUUGGCUGCAACGACUGUAACGAACACCUCCGCAGACCUGGACUUCGGUAUACUCGCAUAUCCCGUCAUUACACUAGACCCGAAGUACACGCACAAUGGAUCGCGGACGAAUCUCGUUGGGAGCAACCCUUCGCCUGAACUGCAACAUUUGUUAUCGGCAGAGAACCGCGUCACGAACUCCACUCCUCCAGUGUUCUUAUUUCACACCGCCAAUGACGGAUCAGUUCCUAUCCAAAAUACAUAUCUUUUCGCAAAUGCGAUGGCGAGUCACAAGCGACCCACUCAAUUGCUUGUCUUGCCUGAUGGAGGACAUGGGCUUGGAUUGGCGCUAAGUGACCCGGUAAGAACUUGGACCGGAGAGCUUGAAAGGUUCUUAAGGUACUCGAUCUGA